GUUCCCUGUUUGUAGCUGCAGAUACCUGGGUCCCACCCCUCUUGAUUCUAGUUGGCCUUUUCUGCAGGGCUGAUUCAGUUGGAAACAGUUCCCUGGUAGGCUGGUAACAAAUUUAGGGGACAGUAAUUAUAUGAAGUAAAGCCUCCUCUGGCAGCCAAUGCUCUCUUCUCCAUGCCUCUAAGGAAGGGACUUCCUGUAAGGACUCCUUCUUGUUUGUGUGACGCUGACCAAGUGGUUUGUGGCCUGCUCUCACCUUCCUCAGCAGCCGUCACUGAUCAUCUCCAAACAUCCAGCUCCAGACCCCACGGAUUCUCUUCACAAGCAACCUGGGAGGAUAUUGGUGACGGGCCACUGCCUUCAGUCCACACCAUGGGACAUAAUGAUGUGGGUAACCCCUUAAAAAGAAGAACAAGAUGCUGGGGUAUUUACCGAAGGAGAUACAACAACUGGUCUGAACAAAUUAGUUCUGGCAUUCAUCCUUCAUCCCACCAGCAACAAGAUGGAGAUCCAGCAACAAAUGGCGCUCACAUGAGCACCCGAGUGAGAUACGCUCCCUAUGCUGUUCCACCAUGUCAUCGGAGAGGCAAUUCUCAGAAACAAGACCAAACCCAGACUAACAUGGAGGGAGAGCAAAAGCCUCCAGAGAGAAGAAUGGAGCAGGAGAAGCAGGAUGAGACCACAGGGAAAUGGUUCAAGAUCAUUAUUCCAUUCGGCAUCAAAUAUGAUGAGAAGUGGCUGCUGGAUCUGAUUCAGGGACAAUGCAGUGUCCCCUUCACCCCAGUUGAGUUUCACUAUGAGAGAAUGCAGGCCCAGUUUUUUGUUGAGGAUGCCAGCGUUGCGUUUGCACUGAAGAAUGUCAAUGGCAAGAUCUGGGAUGAGGCUAAUGAAAGGAUCUCUAUCUUUAUCUACCCCUCUGACACACCCCACUCUGUGCAGAAGGAGCUGAAGUCAGUAAAGGUGGAGCAGACAAAGCUUUUACCCUCGAACCUGAGAAACAAGACACCCUGCCAGCUGGAUGGCCUGUCUGACACUGUGCAGAAUGCCACUGACAUUAAGAACUUGAACCUCUCCAACAGUGAGGUGAUGUCUUUAGAGGAGCUGGACGAGGGCAAAAGUCUGCAGCCAGAAGAGAUGACUGCCGACAGAAGCACCCUGUGCACCGCCUUCCCUGAUAAAUCAACCAACAUAAGCUCCAUCCUGGAAUUGUUUCCCAAGUUAUUACGCCUGGAUAGCCAGGAGUCACCUUCACCAACCAGCGUUGGUAUUGCAGCCCACAAGUGGUUACCAACCUGCAGGGGAAGCUUCUUUGGAUCUGAUGCACUGAAGCGUCUAGUCCUGCAAUUCCUGCAGCAUUACUACUUGAUCUACGACUCCAGAGACCGUCAGGGUCUCCUCGGUGCCUACCACGAAGAGGCCUGCUUCUCCCUGGCCAUUCCCUUCAGCCCUGAGGACCCAGGCCCAAGCAGCUUGUGCGAGUACUUCAAGGAAAGCAGGAAUAUGAAGAAGCUCAAGGACCCCUCCCUGCGUGUUCAGCUGCUGAAGCAUACAAAAUGUGAUGUCAUGCGCUCCCUCUGUGUGCUGCCCAAAACUCAGCAUGACCUCAGCUCCUUCGUGGUGGACAUGUGGUUCCAGACGGAGAGGAUGCUCUGCUUCUCUGUCAACGGGGUGUUCAAGGAAGUGGAAGGCAUGUCUCAGGAUUCUGUUCGUGCCUUCACUCGGACCUUCAUUGCUACUCCUAUCAGCAAUUACAGUCUAUGCAUCGUGAAUGAUGAUCUGUUUGUGAGGGACGCCAGCCCCAAGGAGAACCAGAGCACAUCCUCUGUCCCAGUGCCCACACCCUCCUGCAGCUCCUGGCCCACCCUUUGCCAGAAGCAGCAGGAAAUGGGGCAGACUUUCUCCACCCAGUCUGGGAUGAAUCUCCAGUGGUCUCAGAAGUAACUUCAUGACAGCCACUGGGACUACAUUGGUUCUCACACAGUGCAAGGCCAAGCACAUGAUCCCAGAGGAGACCCUCACCCAGACUCCUCCAGGAUCCUGAGAACACAGCCCUGACAAGAAACUGUUUUUGUAGUCAUCUUCAUCUUCAUCAUCUUUGUUAUCUUUUUUCUCUAGCCUGAGUUAAUUUCUGACUGAGCGGGAGGUUUGCUGGGAGCUGGGAAGCCAACGUUUAACUGACGCUAAUCUGCUCAAAGACCAACUGUGUAGUUUCCCACUCAGGAUCCCUGAUUCUCUUCUUAAUAAAUAGUGGCAUUGCAUGUUAUGUUGAAUCUCUGAAAAAUCCAUCCAACGCCUGUAUUUUGAUCACUGGUCUAUAGAGAAAGAAAAGGAGACGCAAAGAGGGUCAGUGACUCUUGGAGAAUAGUAGGGUAGAGACUCAAAUGCUUAGACUUCUCUUUAAAGCCCAGGCUGUGUGUGUGCCCCAUGGCUGUGUGGCUACCAGGGUGGGGGAUGUUCUCUUAUUCUAUUAUAAAUGGGGAUAGUGUUCUGUGCCCCUAGUGCAUUAGUCAAAUGUUUUUAGGCAGAGAACAAUAGAACUG